AUGGUUGCACAAGCAACGGCCAGAGAGUCGCUCACAAAGAAGUCAGCCGGACAGACAGACCCUGCUUGGCAGCAAUCGCUGCUUUUUCAUCGCUUUGAAGAAGUUACAGCAUACGACUGCAAUGUUGCAAUCAGCUCCUGCGUGCAGGCAUCUAGCUGGUCAAGUGCACUGGUGCUUUUCCAUCGGUUUCAGAAGCAUCGACUGCAGCCAGACACCGUUACAUUGAAUUCCGUCCUGGGGGCCAAGCGUCGGUGGCACCAGGCAUUGACCUUUCUCGCGUGCUUCUCAAUCCUGAGCCUUGAGAGGAGCAUCCUCAGUUAUGGGGCGGCCUUGCGAUGCAUCAGCCGUGCAGCAGAGUGGCGACAAGCAGCCCUGCUCUUGUCCUACUUGGACAAAACGUCUCUACGGAAGAAUAUGAUCUCUCUGAACCAGGUCGUCUCUGCUUGUAGCUCACAGUGGCUUAGGGCCCUUGCCGUGUUUGGAGACGCCUUCCCUCAAGGUUUGCGUCUGAACCCGGUGAGCUGUACCACCAUGGCUACAUGCCUACCACCGAGAGAGUGGCACAGGCCUUUGCUCUUUCUGGGGCAGGCGAUGAUGAAGCACCUUCGAGUUUCCGGGAUAUCGGUGAAUGCUGCUGUGAACUCAAUCGACAGACGGAGUUGGCAAGGAGGUCUCCUCUUUUUGGCGCAGCAGUGGCAUGGAGUUUUCAUUGAUGCCCCGGCUCUCACCACGGCCUUGUCUAUUCGCUCAAAGGCCUCUGCAUGGCAAGCGGCAGUACAGCACUUCUGGGCAGUGCAAGAGAUCAUGCAAUGUGCCACCGCAAGCUGGAACGCAGCCAUGUCUUCGUACGAACAGGGCUCAAGUUGGCAGCAGACACUCGUCCUAUUCACGGAGCUCUGUGCCAAGCAACGUGAGGAUGCUGUCAGCUUCGCAGCGGCCAUGUCCGCAUGCGCUACGGGGGUGCAGUGGGAAGCGGCACUUUCUCUCCUUACAUUGUUCAGGACUGCAGCUGGCGUGAGAGGCUUUGAUCCGUCCAACCUCCCCGUCCUCCAUGCGACUGCCGUAAGCGCCUGCGGACAGUGUGAGCACUGGGAAAUGGCCCUUUGCUUGCUGGACAGCUUAAAGAGAAUCCGCUUGGAUGUGCACGUGCCAGCCUGCAACGCAGCCAUCAGUGCUUGUGAGAGGGCUGCCAGAUGGCAGGCAGGCCUUUGCAUUCUGUCUGAAUUGCAGCAUGGCCGGUUAGCAGACGUUAUCAGCUACAACACUGCCAUCAGUGCCUGCUCGAAAGCUGGGCACUGGCAGUUGGGCAUGGGGCUUUUUUCCGAUCUCGCCAGAGUCCACCUUCCGCCCGAUGUGACCACGCUAAACACCUUACUCAGUGCCUGUGCAGAUGCUGCGCUCUGGAAGCUUGCAGUUCACUUUUUUCAACUUUUUCAAGCCAACUCGUUGCAAAAUGAUGUCAUCGCGCACACUGCUGCGAUUUCGGCGCAAGGCAGAAUCAGUCGCUGGCAAGGUGCCACGGACGGGUUGACAGGCAUGGCCACUGAGAAGAUAGAAUUAGACAUCGUGAGCUGCAGCAACGUUAUUUCUGCCGCGCAUCGUGGCGGGCAGUGGCUUCAAGCAGUGCUGCUGCGGGAUUUUUUGUGCAGGAGAUGCCUGCGACUGGAUGUAACAUCCGUCAACUCCGCGAUCAGUGCCUGUGGCAGCGUGGCGAAGUGGCGUGAGGCCUUGGAUCUAUCUGGACAUUUGCCGAUUUGCCACCUGCGGCAGGACAGCGUCAGUUGCAAUGCCUCCCUUGGAGCUUGUUGCCAGGCAGGAGACUGGAUGCUGAUGCUCUCAUUGUUGAGGCAUAUGACUCUGUUCGGUGUCCGGGUCUCGUCCCUGGGCCUCUUGUCCGCCAUGGCGGCCUGUGCAACUACUGCCUUGUGGGAGGAGGUCUUGUCGCUGCUCUCUCAGGCAUGCGCUUUCAGAGACGCGCCUGUCGGCCUCGCCCUGUACAACUCAGCCUCGGUGGCUUGCGGGAAUGCUGCAGCCUGGCAGCAUGCCCUCGCAAUUUUGCAGCAACUCCCCGCUGUGGGCUACCAAGCUGAUGCCAUCGGCUACAGUGCGACGCUGCUGGCUGUGGAAGGCACCAGCUCGGGUUCUGUGCCCGGCCUCCUCCAAGAGAUGGCGGAGAGGCGGGGCAGCCCCGAGGUGCGGCAGCAGCAGUGCGCCGCCUCUUUGGACUUUCGGAGAAUGCUGCCAGCUGCUCCGCCGCGUGCUGCACCCACUACGGCCGUCGUCGGCCAUCCCUCCUCAGCCGCCCCGGUCCGCCCGGGCAUCCUGCGAAACACUUGGAAGGUCGCCAACGAGGUCAUCUGGCCUUGCAGUUACGCCCUUUGCACCGCGCCCGUGCGUGCGGCCGCGCUGCUGGGUACUGCGCUCGGCCUUCGGCGGAACCGUCGGCGAGCCUCGAGGAGGAUCAGUGGGAGCGUAUCUUGCCACCGGAAGCCACAAUGGCAAGCUCCGAAUCCCAUGGCGCACUUUGCGCAGGAGUUGCGGAGAGGCGCAGCUGAGAUGGGCGACAGGUUGCGCCAGCUCUUCGGCGGAAUUCACGUGCCGAGCCUCGCGCUGCCGGCCGCUGCUCAGGCGAUUCCGGCCCACGAAGAGGUGGCUUCCGUGCAACCCGGAGCCAUCUAUCAGAACGACUACAUGACACUCUGGAAUGACAGCAACGACCCUGUCUCAGCUGUGCUGCGCGUGGUCGCACCUGACCGCUUCGAGCUCAAGGUGUCCCAGCUCGACUCCGUCGGCGGCGGCAGCGAUGGUUGGAUCACCUUCAGGGCUCCCAUUCGGUGGGGUCGUCUGAGCGAAGCCAAGCGGAUGUAUUCGGAAGAGGGCGAAAUUCCGGUUCUAAUUUGCCGUGAUGCCUUUCAGCCAUCGCAUCGCAGACAAGCCAAAGAAUAUUUGAACCAAGCGUCGUCUCUGCUUCAUAUCGACCAUCUGAUGAUGCAUUGCCUGAGUUGGAAAGAGAAAGACUUGCCAAGCAUCGAUGGUAUUUUGGAAAUGCCGGCAAGGCUCGUGGAUUUUCGGUCGAACAUGCCAGUGGAGCUUCUGAAGCCUGUUGCAUUGCAAACGGUUUUCUUGUUGCACGAUAAGUUGUAUACUGUAUGCCACGAAGCCAGCCUCAUGGACAUCUUGCACAGCAAGACGUGA